AGCAGAGGCAGUGAACUGACAUUUUGUGCUUGGAGGAUUAUCGGUGCAGAAGUCUCUUCACAUGAAAGUAAAAUGCCAGGAUUUUUAUUUCCCCACAACAAUAUGACUGAAUUAAAUGGAAAAGAAGAAUGCAAGCUUGCAGAAGGCAAAAUCCACAAAAAGAAACAAAAGGCUUUUGGUGCAGAUCUGAAAAAUUAUUUGAAGUGCAUGGUACCACACAUCGAAUCUGGGAUCAAGACUUCUAACUCCAGGAGUGUCAUGCUUUCUGCAGAGGAAGUAAUACAGUGGUCACAGUCUUUGGAGAAGCUCUUGGCCAGCCAAAGUGGUCGAGGUAUCUUUCGGGAGUUCCUGAAGUCAGAGUUCAGCGAGGAAAACAUCGAGUUCUGGCUGGCUUGUGAGGAUUAUAAGAAAACUAAGUCUGAUCACUUACAUGGCAAAGCAGAGAGGAUUUAUGAGGAGUUUGUUCAAUCAGAUGCUAUUAAACAGAUCAACAUUGACUAUCAGAUGCGGGAAGCAACAGCUAAAAGGGCUCAAGACCCGACUCACACAAGUUUUGAUGAAGCCCAGAAAACUGUGUACAUCCUCAUGGAAAGGGAUUCAUAUCCCAGAUUUUUGAAAUCCAAAGCCUACCUGAACCUUUUGAACCAGCUGCAAACCAGCACUUCAAAAUGAAGUGUUUGAGGCAGUGAAGUGCCAGGUAGACUCUGUGUCAAUAUUCCUGUGGAGCUACCUUCAGGGUAGCUGGAUCUCAGCAAGGAGAACCCUCACCUUGGGAGGCAGGGUGCGAGGGAGAGGCAAACAGCUCCACAGCAAAGACAACACAGGAUAAAAGUUGGCAAGACUGUUGCAAGAGUGAGAGCAGCACAAGGAGAAAAAUCCUCUCCUCCCAUAUGCCAUGGAGCCAAGACAGAGUAUGGAUACUAUUUAUUGUUUGAACUACACUGUGAAUAUUGAAGUCUUUGAUCCCAAAGAACUGUUGAUUGUUACAGAAGUGCAAGACGAGCAAACUGAGCACUGGGAAACGAUUGUCAAGUUCAGAAGGAAAAUAAGGAUGACUGACAAUUUAGUGCAUAACAGGAAAAUGCCCAGACAAGACUGAUGAAUGGCUUUUUUAACCUGUGAAGUUUUAAUAAGUGUGAAUGCAGCUCCAUGAUGUUAUUGUGCUAGGUGAAUAUAUUAUAAAUUGACAUGUCUUAAAAUUGUCAUAUUUUAAGUUAUAUAAGAAUUAUAUAAGCUGUUCUUUUACUAAGUUUGUAUUCAACAGGCAGAGAUGUAGCAUCUUUUCUGUUUAAUUUAUUGCAAAAUAAUAAACAACUUUUCAAUCCAAUAUACUUAAAAAUAAAAUUUUAUGAUCAUUUAA